ACCGGAGGAAGAUUGAAUAAUCGAGUGCGCAUGCUCCUUUUCUUGACGCACACGUGAAAUAUUCACGACUUGAAGUCGGAAAGGACGAAAUUAUGUCUAAAGCUAAACAAAAACGAGCCAAACGCCUCGGCUUCCUCGGAAAAUUUAAGGCUAAAGAUGGACGAAAGGGUGGUUCUUCAGGGCGGACAAAGACUACAGAGCAGUCACCUGUGCAGCAUGUCAAAGACCACAGAACACCAGAGGAAACCAGGAAGCAAAGGCUAAAAGACCUCCAAGAAAAGCAGAGAAUCUCUAGAGAACGAGAGCUGAUGAAGAGAAGGAAUUUGCAGAGCUUUCAGAAUGAUAUCCUACAGCGCCAGAGAGAUUAUGAGCAGAGGGAGACAGAGAUGCAAAGCUUGGAGAAGCAUGUUAAUUUUGAAAACGAGAAUUCAAGAAAGGCAUAUUACAGAGAAUUCAAAAAGGUAGUGGAGGCCUCAGAUGUGAUUUUGGAGGUUUUGGAUGCACGCGACCCUCUUGGCUGCAGAUGUCCUCAGGUGGAACAAGCAGUUAUUCAAAGUGGAACAAACAAGAAGAUAGUUUUAGUCCUUAAUAAAAUUGAUCUGGUGUCAAAGGAAAUUGUAGAAAAGUGGAUUAAGUAUCUUCGUAAUGAGUUUCCUAUUGUAGCUUUCAAGGCAUCCACACAGCAGCAAACCAAGAAUCUAAAACGCAGUAAUGUUCCAGUGACACAAGCUACCACAGAGCUCCUAAGUAGCAGCGCUUGUGUUGGCGCAGACUGCUUAAUGAAGCUACUUGGCAACUACUGCCGCAACCUAGACAUAAAGACGGCCAUCACUGUAGGUGUUGUGGGUUUCCCUAAUGUGGGAAAGAGUAGUUUGAUCAACAGUCUGAAACGGGCACGAGCAUGUAACAUUGGAGCCACUCCUGGUGUGACCAAGUGCCUUCAAGAAGUGCAUUUGGACAAGCACAUAAAGCUUUUGGACUGCCCUGGAAUCGUCAUGGCAACUUCGACAACUGAUGCAGCAAUGAUUCUUCGUAACUGUGUCAAAAUUGAACAGCUUGUAGAUCCCCUUCCACCUGUUGAAGCCAUCCUUCGACGCUGCAACAAGGCACAGAUCAUGGAGCACUACGGCGUUGCGGAUUUUCACACAGCUUUGGAGUUCUUGGCAUUGCUUGCCCGACGGCAAGGCAAACUAAGGAAGGGGGGACUCCCUGACACUGAUAAAGCAGCAAAGAGUGUAUUAAUGGACUGGACAGGGGGAAGGAUCAGCUACUUCACGCACCCUCCAGAGACACACACUCUUCCCACACACAUCAGUGCUGAGAUUGUUACAGAGAUGGGUAAAGCUUUUGACUGGGAUGAGCUGGAAAAAGGAAAUCAGGAGGUUCUUGCAGAGUCGUCUUGUCCAGACAUCCAAAAGGGAUUCUGCAUGGAAACUACUGGAAUGACACCGGGUGGUCAGGGAGAACCACCCUCUGACCUGGAAAUGGAAAGAACAUCAGUGGAAGAGCCAGAAUGCAAACAUGAAACUGAAUCUAUGGAGGAUGACCAGGACCCAGAGUUUGGCCCAAUGACAGUGGAGAUAAAAUCUCAGCAAUCCAAGACAGACUUACCUGCAAAUAAUGCUGCAUCCAGGGCUCCAGAUUUGAAGGACAUCUACAGUGUAGAUCCUCUACAGCAGGGCCAGGCUCUCCUGGCUGCCAACAAGAAGAGGAAAAAGCAACUCAAAAGAGCUGACAAAAUUGCCACCAAACUCUCAGACACCUUGACAUCUGCAAUGGACUUCUCAUUUUCAGAUGGCUAAUUAAAAUAAGGUUGAAAUAAAAGCUUUAAAAAAA